AAAGUUUUACUUCACAAAAAUACAAGUUUUAAUUAAACUCAUCAAGAAAUUUUAUAAUAUCUAUCAUGUGGGAUUACGAGAAGAUUGGAAAUGAAAUGGCGAUGAAAAUGAUGUUGAUUGAUGGCAUACGUGAACCGACUUUAUCACAAAUUCAAGAAGAUUCGGAUCGGAAUGUUUGCGUUGAUAGGAGCUUGUUAUCUGUUCCGGCGUGGUUGUAUUAUUCUGAACCACAUCCUGGACUUUCUGAACAUUAUCACACUGUUAAUUUUUAUGACAAUUUGAGCAAGCUGACAGCCGAGGAUGACGAUGAUUUGCAACUUCCAAAAGUGCCAUUCUCAAUGGUUGAUCAUGAAAUUAAGUAUAAAUUAUUGAUAAAUUUGAAACCUUCACGACCAGGAGUUCCAUCAUUGAAGACGCUCAAGAAUGGAACAAUUGUUAUCACGUCAAGCAGCUUUCCAUCGGACAUUGGGAAUGAGACAGAGAUUUAUUUGAAUUUUCAUGAUAAAUUGCUUCCAUGCUGUUUCACAACAUCAACCUCUGAUGUCAUUAUCGAUAGCCCAUUAACGGCUGAAUGUCGGGUCCGAUGCUAUUAUUUGGUCAUUCCAUCCGUUGUCACUGAGAUUACAUUCAUGAAAUCAAAUGGUAGAGUCAUUUAUCGAUGUGAAUAUGAGGAAAUGUGGUUGCAUGGUUCAGCAUCAUAUCAACAACUUUGCGGAUCUAAUGAAGAUUCAAAAUGAAUAAUUUAUUGAAUAGCUUUUAAAUGACCUAAGUUUUUCAAUUGAUUAGAAAUCUUCGACUUUUAUAAUAAAAC